AUGCGCCUUUUCGGUCUCAGUACCGUGUUGCUGGCCCAGCUGGGUUUGAGUGCCGCCACUCUCACCCUGAGCGAGGUUCAAGCACAGAUUGAGGCAUAUCAAGAGCAGAAUGGAACCAAUGUUGCCCGAUCGGCUCCCCAGUUUGGAUGUACUCUGGCCUGUGGCUUCUUAGCCUUUUCCAACUCGGGAAAACUAUCAUACCCAAAUAGCCCGACUUAUGAAUUCGAGGAAUCGCGGUACUGGUCACAACAGCAGGCACUCACUCAUCCCGCCUGUCGAUUCACGCCGGGUUCUGCUGAGGACGUCUCACUGGCUGUGUUGACUUCCCGAGUGACCCAAUGCAAGUUUGCCGUCAAGAGUGGCGGCCACGCUGCCUUUGCUGGCGCCUCCAACAUUGAGGGCGGCGUGACACUGGAUCUGAGAAAGCUCAACCAGAUUGUUGUCUCUGCUGACAAGAAGCAGACAGCAGUUGGCGCCGGAAAUGUCUGGUACGAUGUUUACACCAAGCUCCAGCCGAUGGGUUUGACCGUCAUCGGAGGCAGAGUUUCUGCUAUUGGUGUCGGCGGUUUGACUUUGGGCGGAGGUAUUUCGUUCUUUUCUAACCGUUAUGGCUGGGCUUGUGACAAUGUCAAUAACUACCAGGUCGUGUUUGCAGAUGGCACCAUCCGUGAUGUCAAUCCCAAGUCAUACUCCGACUUGUAUUGGGCCCUGCGUGGCGGAGGAAACAACUUUGGCAUUGUCACCCGUUUCGAUCUCGCGACAUAUCCUCAAGGUGAUAUGUGGGCUGGUGCGCAGACCUUCCUUCUCAACAAGGACACCACCGCUGCUGUCAACAACGCGUUCUAUAAUUUUGCCAUCAACUCCCCGCAAGAUCCAUACGCUCAGAUCAUCACUGCAUAUGCGUACGCCCAGACUCAAAAUAUAUACGUAAUCGCUUCUGAUCUCCAGUACGGAAAACCCACUCCCAACCCUGCUAUUCUGAAGAACUUCACGGAUAUUCCCGGACCAAUUGCGGACACGCUCCGUGUUACCAAUCUGACCGGCCUGACCCUUGAAUUCAACAACACCAACCCUGGUGGUUUCCGGCAAACCUAUUGGGCCCUUAUGACUGGCAACGACGCUGCCUUAAUGACUGAGAUGGUUUCCAUUUACCAAGAGGAAGUUGAGAAGGUCAAGGACGCGCCAGGAAUUGUUCCUUCCGUUAUCUUCCAACCAAUCUCCACGGAUCAGACAAAGUUCUUCUCCAAGAACGGUGGAAACCCUCUGGGGCUUGCUGGCCAGGGUCCCUUGAACCUGAUCAACAUUGAUAUCUCAUGGUCCAAUGUAGCUGAUGACACUCGUAUCCUUGCCGCCGCUCAGAACAUGGCCACUCGGUUCGCCGCUGCCGCCAAGGCGAAGGGCCUGGACCACCCGUACCUGUACCAAAACUACGCUGCUCUGCAACAGGAUGUCUUUUCGAGCUAUGGAAAGGACAAUGUGGCGAGGUUGAAGUCGGUUCAGGCCAAGUACGAUCCUACCAAGGUGUGGCAGAAGCUGCAACCAGGAUACUUCAAACUUGGUUAA